ACAAACAGUGACACAAAGAGCACUGUGAAAUUGUGAUGCAUGCAUGGGAAUGGAAGCGAGGGGGUGGUUGUGGGGGUGGUGGUUGGGGUGGGGAAACAGGAAGUAGCACUCCGUCUAAUUCCAUUAGCCUUUACGCACCAUCAGCGCUGGAAACAACAACAUCACAUCUAUUCUUCAGGCUGUUGUCACUGCAUUAGCACUUGUUUAUGGCGCUGGCUGUGUAUGAGCGCAUGAAUCAGGAGAGAAGCUGGCAGUAAAGGAAUAGCCGAGCAGCAGGUGCACGAUGAUGUUGAUGAUGAUGAUGAUGAUGAUGAUGAUGAUAUCAAUGCCCAUUUCUUUCUCAGUCUCUCUCCCUCUCUUGCUGUUUUGGUGUGUCUGAGGUUGCUUUUCCUGGUGCAUCGCCAGAGAAACAGGGUGUGUGUGUGUGUGUGUGUGUGUGUGUGUGUGUGAGUGAGAGAGAGAGAUAGAGUGAGAGAGAGAGAGAGGAGGAGGAGUUGCCUUCCAGGCUAAGCCCAUCUGCUCACUGUCUGAAUCUGGUCAACACGGAAACCAUAGCUAUGACGCUUCUAGCAGCGCCAAUCUCUCUGGGUGUGUAGGACCGUGUGUGUGUGUGUGUGUGUGUGUGUGUGUUUAUCAGGAAAAUCAAUGUGUCAUCAUUGGGAGAUCAGAUACGCUAGUGUCAUGAGGAGAGCACGCCUCCGUCAUAACAGUGAGAGAAGGAACGAGUGAGGAAACAGAAGGAGGGAGAGAGGAGAGAAGAAGAGAAGAGGAGUUAAAAGGAGCUGGAAAGAUUUUAGACACUGUGAGUGUGAUGGAUCCUCAGUAAGCUGCAGUUCCGGUUAGAGAGAAAGAGAGAGAGAGAGAGAGAGAGAAAGAGAAUGAUAGAUAGAGGGUGGGAGUCCAUGUGAAAAAGACCUUAGUGCAACUGUGUCUGUAUAUGUAGCUUGCGUGUGACUACAAGUGGUGUGCUGUGCUGUCAGUGCUGCGACACUACACUCUCUCUCUCACACACUCACACUUUCAUUCACACACACACGUGCAGAUCUUCUACACUAAUUGCCUGAUGCCCUGUGGAGCCGCGGACUCCAGGAUGGACGGUGCGCUCUGAGUCUGAGGACGGCGAGUGCCGACACGCACAUGCUCAACCUGCUACCUGCCGAUUCUAUUACCCUGUAGGACAGUAUACACACUCUCUCUCACACACACAUUUUUGCAAGCCAUGGAUUCACUCUCCAAUGACGUGGAGGGGCUGGAGAACAACUCCAUGAAGUACAGCAGGAACGAGCAGACGGAGAAAAUGUGGCUCCGGCUCAAGGGAAUGCAGAAGUACAAAACAACCUCUCAGAGGUUGAGAUGUCUAGUGAAGCAGCUGGAUAAAGGCGAGGUGAAUGUUGUGGAUCUCAGGAAGAACAUUGAAUAUGCCGCCUCAGUGCUGGAAGCAGUCUACAUCGAUGAAACGAGACGCCUGCUGGAUACAGAGGAUGAGCUCAGCGAUAUCCAAGCGGACUCCGUGCCCAUGGAGGUGCGCGAUUGGCUGGCGUCCACCUUCACCCGGAAGAUGGGCGUCGUGCGACGGCGGCCCGAGGAGAAGCCACGGUUUCGCAGCAUCGUCCAUGCCGUACAGGCCGGAAUCUUUGUGGAGAGGAUGUACAGGAGGACGUCGAACAUGGCCGGGCUGACAUAUCCUCCAGCUGUGAUCCUCGCUCUUAAGGACGUUGAUAAAUGGUCAUUUGAUGUCUUCACGCUUCACGAGGCGAGCAGCGAACACGCGCUGAAGUUCCUGGUGUAUGAGCUGCUCACCAGAUACGACCUGAUCAACCGCUUCAGGAUACCCGUGUCUUCUCUGGUGGCAUUUGUGGAGGCUUUGGAGGUUGGCUACAGCAAGCACAAAAAUCCGUACCACAACCUGACCCACGCUGCUGAUGUCACCCAGACCGCACACUAUCUGAUGCUCCACACUGGCAUUAUGCACUGGCUCACCGAACUGGAAAUAUUGGCCAUGGUGUUUGCUGCUGCUAUUCACGACUUCGAACACACUGGGACGACCAACAACUUCCACAUCCAGACCAGAUCAGAGGUGGCCAUCCUGUAUAACGACCGCUCAGUUCUAGAGAACCAUCAUGUGAGCGCCGCCUACAGACUCAUGCAGGACGACGAGAUGAAUAUCCUCAUCAACCUGUCAAAAGACGACUGGAGAGAGUUGCGCACGCUGGUGAUCGAGAUGGUCAUGAGUACGGAUAUGUCCUGCCAUUUUCAGCAGAUUAAAACCAUGAGGAACUCACUGCAGCAGCCAGAGGGGAUAGACAAACCCAAAGCUCUAUCUCUAAUGCUGCACGCGGCAGACAUUAGCCACCCGGCUAAAGGCUGGAACCUGCACUACCGCUGGACCCAGGCUCUGAUGGAGGAGUUCUUCUUACAAGGUGAUAAAGAGGCAGAGUUGGGACUGCCAUUUUCUCCGCUGUGUGAUCGCAAGGCCACAAUGAUCGCCCAGUCCCAGAUAGGCUUCAUUGACUUCAUUGUGGAGCCCACAAUCUCUGUGCUUGUGGACACCACAGAGAAGAUCAUCACUCCUCUCAUAGAGGAAGCGUUAAAGUCAGGCGGCGUCCGCAGGAAGAGUUUAACAGCACGAGGUUCAGCUGCCGUGGUCGAGUCGGUCCAGAGACACAGUGAGCGAGACUCUGUGCCCACCGACUACUCACUUGCCGGCAUCGACCUCAAACGUGUCCAACACACCCUCUCCGAGAUCAUCCAGCGCAACAAGGAGCGUUGGAAGGAGCUGUCUGUACAAGAACUGGCCAGUAAGGAGCGAGAGCAGCGUUCAGAGCGUGAAGAUUUGUCCCGUAAAACCGACACGUCUGUGAUUCACAGCAGUCUCGAUUCCGAGUCGAAGUCCCUCAGUGAAGUGAACAACACUGACUCACUUCACUCGUCCCAGGACUCUUUAGAGCAAAGCGCUGCGUCGCACAGUGCUGACCCGACCGAUGCCAGUCCCGAUGCCACUCCUGAUGCCAGCCCUGACGUCGAUCGGCCGUUACCAUGGAAUGGCAAAAGCGCCUGAAUGAAAAAGAAAAACCAUCGCAAACUUCGCGAGCUUUUACACUGUGUGUGUGUACUGUGGCAUAAACCUCAUAAUCCCGUAUGGGUGCUGUACAUAGCACUGUGGCCAUUAUAUCCUAACGCUACUGUUUCCUCUGCUCCUCGGGAAGGGGAGGGGUCAAGCAGACUGAUGUUUCCAUGACACCCAGCAUCGCCAUGGGAGACGCCGGGAUGCUGUGUUGUCAUGGCAAGGAGACGGAGCUCGGCCGGAAGCUCUGGGUAUCCAGAAAAAAAAAUGCAACGCUGUCUCUUCACCUGCAUUUUCUGUUUCCGUUCUUUACUUUUGUAAAUCGGCUUUCGUUUUGUUUUGUUUUCUAGUCAUUUGUAUUGGUAAUUUAUUAAAGAUUGUUCUGCUCCCCUUUAAGCCAUAAUCCAUUUCUUUUGUAUACUGUUUCGCUUGAUGCUAUAGACAGUCUGGAAUAACACUGCAGGAAGAAACACUAAACAAAGACUGCAUUUUGACUACAAUGUGACUCUUUGCAUAUAUACAGAUGGGAAGCAAAAACGUAAAGAAAAAAAAGUUAUGCUCUGUCUGGCAUUUAUUUAUUUAUUUUGCUGUCAUGGUUUGGCUCCACUUGUCCUCUUAGAGUGAAGCGUCACUGCAAGUCAAUAUAAAGUUCGCCUGAAUGAACACAUUUAUCUUAAGAUGAAACGUUUCUAUCCCAGUGGGCGUGGUCUCUUCCGGAUGACUCCGCCCCUAUCCACAGGGCACAAGGGCUCACUGAAUGAGGGUGAAAAUGAUAUAAAUCAUUUAUCAAAUGCUAUGACAUUCACACUCACCGGAUCUCAACAUAAUUGGAUACAUAUCUACUGGAGAUUCAGGACUGACGUUAGAUAACGCCCUUCACCACUAAAGGCUUAUUGGCAUUUCCUUUAAUUUGUCACCCGUCUGUAUCAUAAGGCAGCUCCUUAGAUAGGCAGCAUUCCUACGAUAAAGGUAGUCCUACCAUUCAGAAGGUACUUACAUUGUGCAUUCUCUGUUUUAUUUUUAGCAGAUUCUAGGGCAGCGUUGCAUUCCUCAAAGUAUUGGCAAUGCCCUAAUUCUGUUCAUAUGCCAGUCAGCAUGCCAUGGAAGUUUAGAAAGAAAUAGCGUCCGAGACUGAGACGUUUCUUUAUAAAUGUGCACAAGUUGCUCAACAUAAUUGAUACAUAUCUAUUGGAGAUUCUGUACUGAUGUUAGAUAACGCCCUUCUCUAACAUUUAAUAAGAACAGUGAACAGUUCUAUUUGUAUUUUUCCGCUUGCAGUAGGUAAUAUAAUACGACUUCAUAGAUUAUGCAUUUAACGUACUAGCCACUAAAAUCAGCUACUUAGCUAGCUAGCUACUAAUAGAAGUUUCGAUUGGUCCGUAUAAGGCAGCCGUGUCAAACUCAUAUUAUGUAAGGGUCCACACUUUUUUUUUUUUUUUUUACACCAAAAAAUUUCUUUCGUUCUUUUAUUUUAUUUUUUCGCGACCAAUUAUUCAUCAACAUCUCUAAAAUGUGUUCUUUGAUUUGCCUUUACAUGCUGAAAUAUUCAUGAUUAAGUAUUCCCCCACCCCUAAAACCCUUUUAACCUUUACACAUUAUGCAGUGUAACAUCUUGGAAGUAGAUUAUAUGUCAUGAGAAUAGCCCGAAAUAAGGAAGUUAGUAGUUUGCAAAUAAAAAUAGUAAAACUGGGAUUGCAUAAGUAUUCACCCCUGUUGCUGUUAAGAACGUUAUGAUGUACGAGAAAGUGUUAUAAACACAAUGGAUAGUUUUGGGUUCAAAAUGAGAUGAGGACCUUUGAAAGAUGCAGUUAUUCAGGCAGCUUAUUCGAACACACGUGUGUAUUUCAUAUCAUGGUUUUCUAACAUUGCACAAAUGUAUAUUAUCAGCUGCAGUUAUAUUAUCUAUUAUACACGUCACAAUAAUCUAUGAAGCAUUAAAUAUUUUUUUUUAAUAAGCACAAGAUUGCUAUGAGUUUUUAGGGUGGAAGCAUUCCCGGGUUUUCCUUACCUGCCACACACACACACACACACACACAC